AGACGCCACUAUCCUCAGUAAACUCGCCGCCACUCAGCGUCGAAAGCUUCGACGGGAUUCUUAUUGACACUUUUUAUUCGCGCGUCAACAACACCUGGACCCUGUCGAACUUUCUGGAAGUUGGAGGAAAAGUUUUUCGGGACGCUAAAGUUGCUCUUUGACGCACUUUGUUUUGAUUUCUUUUGGGUUUGUUUUCUUCUCGCGUAACGUCUCGCUGGAGGAAGGAGAGGAUGGGAAUAAUUUGAAGCGACAUGUUUGAGAGCCUGUGCUGAUGAGGAGACGUUGGUUUUCCCAGCACUGAGGGCUGAGGAGAAAAAAAAAAAAAAAAACAGGAAAGGAGCUUCUUCUGCUGUUUGAGACGCCUGUCUCAUGUCCAAGCAGACCGUCCGUCCUCCGGAUGGGCCGGCAGGGCCAGAGAGGGGCCCCCGGCCAGAGACCAGUCCCCUGCUGUCAGCCUCACACGACGCUUGUGACAGUGAAUCAUCAGGAAGAGCGUCGUCUCCCAGGAAACCGGCCGCCGAAGGACAAAGUCACGUGACGGAGGAGAAGCCUAAUUAUUGCGAGCCCGUGAGAGCUCAACCUCAGUCUGAGUCUGAUUCAAAGCUCGUGCUCUCUGAGCCUGCUGAGGGAGACAUUGCCAAAGACCAUAAUGGGUUUCGCCAUGGCAGCGCUGGCACACCCACGCUGAGUAACGGCAACGGAAUCCAUCCUGGCACUGGUGGAUCCGACGCCACGCGGACAUGCACCUGCGGUGCCAACAUCAGCAUGAGCGCCACGGGUGGGUCAGGCCCUGGCACAAGAACAGCGGCGGCCAAGCCAAUGACAGAGCAGCCCAGGAAGCAGCCGUCCACGCCUGUGUCACAGAGGAUGCAGAGAAAAUUGAGGUCCAGCUUGUCAGUCAACAGUGACAGCAGCCGGCGAAGCAAAGGCAGUUCCACGGGGUCACAGAAGGCUCCUUUACCAGAGGACUGCUGCGUUCACUGCAUCUUGGCCUGCCUUUUCUGUGAGUUCCUGACGCUUUGCAACAUGGUAGUGGCCCAGGCCUCGUGCGGCGCAUGCACAUCAGAGGCUUGCUGUUGCUGCUGCUGCACAGACGACCUGGGCGACGACUGCAACUGUCCCUGUGACAUGGAUUGUGGCAUCAUGGAUGCCUGCUGCGAGUCCUCCGAUUGCCUGGAAAUCUGUAUGGAGUGCUGCGGCAUCUGCUUCCCCACAUAGGGAGGCCUCAGUUUGUGCGGACCAGGGUGUCUCUGCUGGGAAUAAGUGGACCCUGGACGAAAAUAUCGAAGGAAUCCGCUGCUGCUGUCGCUUUGAAUUCGGCAACAGACGGGGAAGUGUGAGUGUAUGAGUGAGUGAUUUUUGUCUUUUUGUCCUUUUAUUUGUGUCUUUUCAGUGUGUGUGUGAAAUAUUGUGGUGUGUGUGUAUAGCAUGCUUUGUAAGAUGUAUUUUGACACUGGGCUUCUCCAUCAAAACCAGCUCAGCAGGAGCUAGAAGUAAUUCCAGAUAUAUGAACAUGUCAGUUAAGUCUUCAGUGUAUUGUAAGUAUUCUAUCGGAAAAGUAUUAUCACAGACUGCCUUUAAAGUUUUUAGUGAUACAUCAGGAAAGCUGUCGAAUUGUAUCGUUUCUUGCCUCUCUUUUGGUGACCGACGUGUCGCCCACACUCCACAAAAUGAACAUUUACUCUGUUUUCAUUUUCAAGUCUUGUGGGUUGUUUUUGAUGCUCAAAAGAACUGAGGUUGCAGACUUAGUACUGUACAACACUGUAAAAGGUUUAUGUGAUGAUUCAUCCAUUCCUAAUCGCAUACUGUAGUUUUGCAACACGGAUUUCCAUUUAGACAUAUCUACUGUAGAACUGGUGAAAUAUCAACGGUGAAUCAUCAGAUUAUCUGCUACUUCCUGACACUAAAGCGUAGGGCGUUACGUCUCUAGCUCGAGGAAUGUUUUUGAAUUGGAGCGACCUGUUAUUACAGAGAAGAAAUGCACAACUUUGCCGAUAAGCUCUUAAUUGUUUUGCAAAAUUUUCGGAUUUGCUGGAAUGUUUAUGAAAUUUCUCAUCUCACUUCCUCCUGAUUUGCCACCUUGGGUUUACUGGAAAUAAAGUACACACAUGCACAUUUUUUUAUUGCAAAAGGUCCUGACCAGUUCAACGUAUAGCAUUCUGCAUUCAGAUAUCCAAUGUGUACAGCUUAUGUCUUCAUUUCUGUGGGAGUCCUCUAAUGUUAGCCGUCAAUGAUCUGGCUUUUGUCAGCUCCAUAUGGUACAAGUCUUCUCUGGGAUGCUAUUUUACAUACAUACUGUGGAAGCAUGACUUGUUGAACUGCACUCUGUUCACAAGGGCCGUGAUAAGGAAUUAGAAAACGGUGACCCUCGUCGCCAUAUAAGCGGCUUUCGGGUAUCAAGCCCAGUGACUCACAAUACAAAAAAGGGAAUCAUGAACUGUCAUGUUGAAAUGGUAAACUAAUGCAGGGUAAAGGCAGUUUUCUUCUCCUUUUUUUUUUUCUGUUCUUUAAUUCUGUGUAUCUCAAGAUGAGUUUGUGGUGAAUCACCAGCGGAGUCAUUUUCUUGUCUCGGAGAUCCGCUUUGAUGUUGUUUAAGUGAUGAUACUUAAUGCUGGCCCUCAUUAGCACUGCUUACUAAAUGGUAACAAAAAAAAAUAAAUUGUCCCUUCCCAACGCCUUCAAAGAUAAUGUGCUGUCAUGUACAGUUCGUCUUAAUGGCGCGCUGUUAUGUGUAUAAGGAGGUUGGAUAGGCACCUCUUCAGCAGAUAAUGUGCAGGAAAUAAACCUCAUUUUCGUGUUUAUGAUUAACUCAAACCACAAGUUUGUUACGGGCUAAAGAGUGUCAAGAAAACACUAUAUAGAUAAUGUGAAGAAUUUAUCUAAAAAUCGAAAAAAAAAGUAAAGUAUAUAGUAGUUGUCUUCUUAUACUGUUAUGCUUUGUUUAUGCCUUAGACUUGAUCGCUCUCAUUUUCAUCUGGAUGCAUCACUGCUUGACGUGGAGUUCAUAGCUCAUUUUAUUAGUUUUGUACAUUAUCUUAAAUCUCAGAGAAAAGUUUUUAAAAAAUAAAACAUUACCAAAAAUGA